UUGUGUUGCAAUUUUGCAGACCAUGGUCAAAAGAGCAUCCAUUUGAAAUCGCGUGCAGUUUCCGUGUUCAUACCCGCCUGAUGUAAGCCUCCUAGGGUACACCUGUUCUUCGACGGUCAAUCAUCAGCAGAGGUGAGGUGAGGUGAGCUGAGGAGGAGUUCAUGGAGAUGGAGGGCCGGGGUCUGUCUGACCUGUUCAGGAACACCAGCGAGGAGAUCUUCCUCAAGGCGGUGAUGGAGAACUCGAUCGGAGUGGCAGCACCGCCGAGCAUGGAGAUGAUGGGGUUCAGAAACAUGACACAGAGCUUCAGAGAAGACAGCGAGGAGUUGUUCAACAGCUGGCUGAUGAAUGGAGAGAUUCCAGGCUUUAGUCACCUGAAUAAUCGGCCUCGACAACCAUCUAGGUUGUCAUCAGAGGCAGGUGCCUUUCCUAAUCAACAACAUGACAUUGCUCGACAAAAUUUUCUCGCCGACAACUUGAUCCCUGAGAAUUGUGCAGUUCCUCCUGAAUACACGAAUAACCAUAACCAGCAACCACUCAAGAAUGCAGCAGAGAAAGGGAUGCAAGCCAGUGAUCUACUUUUGGCAAAGACCUGGUUUCACUGCACUCAACCAAUGACUAGAAGCAGAUCUUCAGAACUGAGGAGGCGAUAUGCUGCAAUGCAAAGUAAUGUGUCACCAAUAACUACAGGAACUAUGAGAGCAGCAAACCAAUUGAGAUUAGAUUUUACCAACACAAAUGCAGCAAAUAGUACCCCAAUGGGCAGCACUCCACUUCAGACUUCGACAUUUGUAUCUCCUUCAUGUUCAUCGACUUCCCCCUUGGACAAUCCUCAUAUGCUUGCACAAGAUACUGUUACAUCAGUGGUGAGCAUGCUCAAGGAUACGCUCGAGCGUAAGAAGCUCAGUAGCCCUGCCAACAGAGACAUGCCACAUGGCAACCCUUUUGGGUUUUACGACAACCAGCAGUUUCAACACAACAUUCUUGGAGGAACAGAUAUGUUCCCCUUGGUGACCAAUGGACAUGUUCAGGACUCCCUGAUGCUUCCUGAAGUCGAGAGGCCCACAGAACCAAAUGCUGAGAACUUUGUUGCCCCCGCAAGCCAGAUUUGGAUCAGUGCAGCGUCUCGUGAACCUUCACAGAGUGGAUCGUCUAAUGCUCUGACGGCUCAGUCAGCCGGUUUUGAAGUAUGUGAUGAGCUACGUCCUAUGGGGCAAUCAUUGUCUAUGUGUGAGAGCACUAGGAAAAAUGUUGCAAAUGGAACAGCUGACUGCAGAUCAAACAGCAAAGAUUACAGAGAGAAGGUACUAAAAGAUAAUUUGAAGGAUGAAAGAAAGAGAGUGGCCCUGACACGAAUGGGAUCCAUCUCAUCAGAACAAGCAGUUGAUAGAGGAGAUCCUACGAAGAAACGCAGGGUUGAGCGCACACGCAAAAUGGCAGAAGCAAAGGAAAGAAGUUCGACCCCGGUAAUACCAACUGACAUGCAAGCGGUCCUCAAGCGCUGCGAAAACCUAGAGAAGGAGGUCAGGUCACUAAAGCUUAACUUGUCAUUCAUGAACCGGAAGGAUUCAGAACAGACGAAGCAGAUCGAGGAUCUUCAGAAGCAAAACGAGGACAUGGUGGAAGAGAAGGAGAGGCUGAUAGAGGAGAUCGAACGAAUGGCCUCCGACUCCACGGCAUGAUCGCCUAGCCCUUCCGGCUUUAUAAACUAAUAGCAGUGGACUUGGAAAGAGUCCCUGCUCACUAGAUACAGAUAUACACCCAAUUAUAGUUGAUGGUCUGAAUGUACCAUUCUUUUCGUUCUAUGUUCCUAUUGUAAUCUUUAACAUGUACUAGUAUCAACAAGAACUGAUUGGUAAUUGCAUCUUAAUCCAGAUUGCAAUUCAUAUGGUAGUAGUUUCAACUGAUCAAAGAAAAUGUUACUAGAAGUGGCAUCAAACAUAAGCAAGAAACACGAGAUUUUCAUAUCUCAGCACCAACAACAGAUUGGGAAUUGCAUUUGAAUUCAGUUUGCAAUUCAGAUGAUAGCUUCAGCUGAACUGAUAAAUAAAAUGGAAGAAACAGCAUCGAACACUUUCAGAUCUUCGGUACAGGAACUACUAUAUUAUUUCAGGGUUAAUCAGACAAUACUUAAGGGAUUUGAUAGAAAUAGAAAGAAACAUGGCAUUACUUAGUUCCAACAUUUCGAUGAACACACAGCAAUGCAUCUCCAAGACCACAACUCAUUACAGCAACUGUUAUUUUAGGAAGAUUUUCAUAUCUCAGUACAGGAACAAUUGUUUCAGGAUAUUUCAGGUUUGAUUAGGCAUAUUUCUGGAGGGAUUUGAUUCUUAUACAUGGCAUUACUUUUCAUUCCAGCAUUUCAACAAACAUACGGCAUCUCAAAGAUCACACCUCAAUCGCUGGAUCAACCAAUCUGACACACCAAGAACUGGAAUUGCACAUGGAACGAACACCAUCAGUGCUU